UCUCUGCCUAAAAGACUGCGUAACAAGUAGCGAAAAUGUGCACGUUGGCUUAGUUCUUGCUGCAGCUCGAAAGGGACCUUUAAGUGAUUAUUUUCUCAAUUCCCCCCAAGUGGCACCGGAGGGCGAAGGAAGGAGUCAGCAUCCCUCCCCCCCAAAAAGAGGGGCUGUUUUUGGUCAGUACCAGUUGGGAGUGAGUUGCGCGGACCGGCCACCUGGUGACUGACUCCUCUCCCUCCUCUCUCUUUCUGCCGCCUCUCUUCCUCUCCUCCUGACUCUCGUCGUGCUGCUUCAAGCGGGCGCCAAGAGACACCGCCAGCAGCAGUAAACUUGGGAAGCGCGUGUCUCCAUCGCUGGCGACGCCGCCCACUGGACUGGCACUGCACGUGUGUCCCGCCGACUCCACUGCAUCCACACACCUGCGAAUACCAUGCGAAGUGGAAAACACUGAGCUGAGAUAAAACCAGAGGGUUUCCUGACACUGACAGCCUGUGACGAGGGAGGAGAUACGAGUGAGGAGUGUGUGUCCAGGAGCGAUGGCCGCGUCCGCUCCCUCUUCUUCGGCCGCGGAGCCGGAGCCCAACUCCGCUUAUCUACGACCCCCCACCUCAGCCUAUGACUCAUGGUGCGGAGUUGCUCAUGGAUGUACAAGGAAACUGGGAAUGAAGAUCUGUGGGUUCCUUCAGAAGAACAACAGCCUGGAUGAGAAGAGCAGGAUUGGUGGUUCCUUCAAGGAACGUCAAUCUUCCAAGAAUGUUCUGUCCUGUGAAAACAGAGACCCGCGUUUCGGACACACGGAGACCGACUUCUCAAAUCUUUUUGCCAGGGAUCUAUUACCAGCCAAAAAUGGAGAGGAGCCCACCAUGCAGUUCUUGCUGGAGGUUGUUGACAUUCUUACAAACUAUAUUCGGAAGACCUUUGAUAGAUCCACAAAAGUCCUGGACUUUCACCACCCCCAUCAGCUGCUUGAAGGCAUUGAGGGGUUCAACCUGGAGCUCUCAGACCAGCCCGAGUCUUUGGAGCAGAUUCUGGUCGACUGCAGGGACACACUCAAGUACGGAGUAAGGACAGGUCACCCCAGGUUCUUCAACCAGCUGUCAUCUGGCCUGGACAUAAUCGGCUUGGCUGGAGAAUGGCUCACCUCCACAGCAAACACCAACAUGUUCACCUAUGAGAUUGCACCGGUUUUUGUGCUUAUGGAACAGCUGACCCUGAAGAAAAUGAGAGAGAUAGUUGGGUGGCCAGGGGGAGAAGGAGAUGGGAUAUUUUCACCAGGUGGAGCAAUAUCCAACAUGUACAGUGUGAUGGUGGCGCGGUACAAGUAUUACCCUGAGGUCAAGACCAAAGGCAUGUCUGCCGCCCCCAGGCUGAUUCUCUUCACAUCAGAGCAUAGCCACUACUCGAUAAAGAAAGCCGGCGCUGCUCUGGGCUUUGGAGUAGAAAAUGUGAUUCUACUGAAGUGUGAUGAGAGAGGAAGAGUAAUUCCUGCAGACUUAGAGGCCAAGAUCAUAGAUGCCAAACAGAAGGGCUACGUCCCCCUGUUUGUGAACGCCACAGCCGGCUCCACUGUGUACGGUGCCUUCGACCCCAUCAACGAGAUCGCCGACCUCUGCGAGAAGUACAACAUGUGGCUGCAUGUGGAUGGCGCCUGGGGCGGAGGCCUGCUGAUGUCCAGGAAACACCGGCACAAGCUGAGUGGCAUAGAGAGGGCCAAUUCGGUCACCUGGAACCCACACAAGAUGAUGGGUGUUCCACUGCAGUGCUCCGCAAUCCUGGUCAGGGAGAAGGGGCUGCUGCAGGGGUGCAACCAGAUGUGUGCAGGCUACCUCUUCCAACCAGACAAGCAAUACGACGUCACCUAUGACACCGGGGACAAGGCCAUCCAGUGUGGCCGCCAUGUCGACAUCUUCAAGUUUUGGCUCAUGUGGAAGGCAAAGGGGACGUCAGGGUUUGAACAACAUAUCAACAAGUGCUUGGAGCUCUCCGAAUACCUCUAUACCAAAAUAAAGAACCGCGAAGGGUACGAGAUGGUGUUCCAGGGAGAGCCCCAACACACCAACGUCUGUUUCUGGUACCUUCCCCCCAGCUUGAGGGGUAUGCCGGACUGCCCCGAACGCCGUGAGAGGCUGCACAAGGUGGCACCCAAAAUCAAAGCCAUGAUGAUGGAGUCCGGAACCACCAUGGUUGGCUACCAGCCUCAGGGAGACAAAGUCAAUUUCUUCCGGAUGGUCGUAUCCAACCCUGCUGCCACAAAGUCGGACAUCGACUUCCUCAUCGAGGAAAUCGAGCGGCUAGGGCAGGACUUGUAGGGACGCCGUGACGAUGGCCACAGCCGUUCCCUUUUUGUUACCAGGUUUUACGUGACCAGCCCCAAGGGGACUUGAUGCCAGGUCUCUGGCUCCUGAUGUAGUCCAAGCGAACCCGUAGGACUUUUAACCUUUGACCUGUAGGUUUUUUUAGGCACUGUUGACUUUCACAGAUUCUGGCAAGUGUUCAGUUUAAUGUGUUUUAGUCUGCUCUGUCUUCUAGCAGUGAUUGUUCUGCCACGUGUCCAUUGUGUGGAAGGACCCGCUGAAGCCGGCGGCAGCGUCUGCGUAGCUGUAGGCUCCCUGAGCGACCCUAAGUAACCCCUUCAACAUCCGUGACAUGUGUAAGUACAGUUCAGAGACCCUGAUGUGGUGUAGAAAUAUAUAACGCUGUACGUGUUACGAUAUCUUAACUAUGGGUGCUUGCUGUUGUACUUGUAAUUACGAAGCCAGACCAACCAUCUUAUAAUCUACCUGUUCUUCCCAUGUGGUGUAAUACAGUGUGGAAGCUGUGCGAUCCAUUCAUUGUAACACAUAUUACAUUUUAUUUCCGUGUUAUGCCGUCUGAUUCAGUUUUGUGCACAUUGUAUAUUACUCUAACAUUGCCUUCGUGGAAGUCAUUUAAACAUUAUAGUUUUAAUAAAAGAGACACUGAAAUAAUUGUAAAUCUAUGACAUAUAAGUAUAUAACGACAUAUAUGUUUAUAUUAAGGAAUUACUUGUGUUAAAAAGUUGUGUUGUAUUUUCUUCCAUUUGUAAUGUACCCUCAUUUAUAUUCCAAGAUACUCUAUUACCUGAAGAGGUUUUAAGUCAUAUUAAAGUAUUUACGUGUUUUUGUGAGCCAAAGAAAGACAGAAUUAGUGGUAUGUAUGUACAUAUGCUGCCCUUAGAAUAACAAAUAUGCAUACUGAAUAUUCCAAUAAUUCUGGCACAAUAUUUGUAGAAAAUGUAUUUUACCACCUUGUACCUUAGUGAGAUUUUCUAUGUUGUGUACCUGUAAUAUGUGGCUGUAUAUCACACUGGCUGAAUGUUCUAGACUCAUCCGUCAGACUAGCUGGCACUUUAAAUAGAUCUUUGAGCUUUGGCAGUUGCAGUACGGCCGGUUAUUUCUUUUGAUAGAAGCACAACGCUAUACCAAGAUGGGAAAUCUUUUCCCAGGGAGAUAGUAGGACUGUGUGAACUGUUUAAAAUACAUUUGUAUCAAAAUAUAUGUUUUCCUAUCGAAUGGUUUUAAUAUAAAGGGGCCGAUUUCACCAAGGUGUCAGACUUGUCAGGCUAAAAUAUUGCACAUUGAAUAUAGCACUUUAUUUCGCCGUGUGUACAUUCUGCUUUUUUGUUUUCUGAUUUGAAAUUAAUCAUUUUGUAUGUUCUCCAGACUGAAGAAUUCAUCGGUGUGAUGUAACCUUGUGUUGUCUGAAUGCUAUCCUAAAUGUGAGAUGUUGCCCACUCAAGCUCUGGCACUUUACAAAUCAUUCCAUGUGCAAAUUUUUAUCAUAUUUACACUACCAAUAAAGUAUCUA